CACUGCUGGAAAGGAAGGAGGAGGAUGGAUGCUGGGCGGCCACAGUGGGUGCCGAGCUCGUCGUGUCAGGACUGGCGGGGCUGUGUGCCCUUAGCCUGCUGCAGCAGCAGGGCCGGCUCUGGACCAGCUCCCUGAGGAUCCAGUGCAGCCUCCUGGCUCAGGCAAAGCAGCCAGCGCACCAGUGCAGCACCGGCCAGAGGCUGCCGACAGAGAGUGGCUUAGAUGGCGCUUACCAGCUGGAGCUGGGCCACGAGCUCCACAGCACACAGAUACCAGCCUCAGCCACAAGGUGGGUGUCCAGGCCAGGUGGGACAUCCAGAGAGAGCACCAGAGUCUAGCAAGGUGAUCUGAG